GUAAGAGAAAGAGAAAGAGUGAGUGAGUGAGUGAGUGAGAGGCUAGAAGGGUAUUGCGAAAAGAGGAGGGAGGAGGUGGAAAGAUUUCUGGGCACGCGCAGUCCACCUGCUAGCAUGUAGUGGCACGCGCCGUACCAACCCUUCUCCAUCAGCAUCACCAGCACCACUACACCACUAACAGUACUACCACCAUCAAGAACGGUAGCAGUAGCAGCAGCAGCAGCAGCAACAGCAGCGGCACAGCCGCUAGCAUCGUUUGGCCCUCUCCACCUAACCAACCAACCUCUACCUCUCUUUCCACCAGUGUUCUGUUAGUGCGACGACGGCAGAGUCGAACACUCCCUCCCUCGUCGCGGCGCGGCGCGGCGCGGCGCUUCGUUCUCCUCCACGGCCGUCGCGCCGUUUCUCCCACCCUCUCCCCCUGAACGUUCCUCCCUCCGGAACGGUCCCCUCGCGCGUGCCGCGCGGGAGUCAAUCGCUCGUGGACUUCGACGAGGCGAGCACACGCGGUGGCUCUCCUUUCUCUCUUCUCUUUCUUCUCUCCUCUCCCGACGUCGUUCGUGCGUGACGUUUUCGACGUGAAAAAAAAAAGAACACAAAAAAGUAAGAGAAAGAAAAUAGUACGAUCGACGUCGUUCGCCGCCGUGUCUCUUUUGACGUUUCACUCUUUCUCUCUCUCUCUCUCUCUUUCUAUCUCUUUCUCACUUACUCUCAAUCUUUUUCUUCUUUUUCGAUGAUUCCUCUCUUCAUAUCCCUGACAAACUCUUAGGUGUUUCUUUUAAUUGGUUGUAGUAGUAAUUCUUCGAUGUAGCCGCAUAGGUGAAAAAGAAGAUAAAAGAUCGAUAAAGGAAAUAAAUAAAUAAGUGUUUGAAAUUAAAAAAUUGGAGUGGCGAAAAGAAGAUUAUUUCUGUCGAUAAGGUGUGAAGCAAAGAAAAUAAUAAGAAAAAAGAAAGAAAGAAAGGGGGAGAAGAAGGAAGAAGAAACAGAGAAUUACGAAGUAGUAGGAAAAAGUAGGAGAGAGAGCGUACGGCAGGCACGAGCGUAGCCGGCCGAUGUUCGCGUAUGAAAGAACCCGGUCGGCCUCUUCCGCCUUCUCCUCCUCAUCCUCUCGCGAGAGCACCGCGAGGAGGGAAACGUCAUCGAUUAGGAGAAGUUUUAUCUAAGAGCCGAGACCGGUGUGUGGAGGAGAAUAACGACGAGGAGGACGAGGACGACGGUGAAGACACAGUCCUCGUCUGUUAAACGUUCUUUUUCCUCUCGCGAUCCUCUCGAAGAAAAUAAAAGGGAAGAAAGACUCUGGAUUGUUUGAAAGAAGAAAAGUCAGCCAGCCAGUUGUUCGUUGCGGUCCGUGGAUUACUUCGAGUCUCUUUGCUGGAGAAGAACGCAUUCGAGUGGGCCGGCCGAUGCCCGCUGAUCCGCCGCCGCAGACUUUUUCCGUUCGUUCGUAUCCGCCGUAGUGGAAAAGAGGCAGGGAGAGAGGGAGAGGACAAGUACACUUUUCUUGAUCGUUAUUCCGCGCAACGAACGUUUAUUCAUCGACUCAUCGUUCUUCUCUUUCUCUCUCUCUCUCUCUCUCUGUCUGUCUUGCUUUCGCGUUCUCGCAAAACCACCUGUUGACGAUUUACGAGGGAAAAUCUACGUCGUUCUACCUUAUGAAACGUCAUUGUUAUCGUCUUUUGACCAUUUUCUUUCCAGAAGGAUCCGGAAAAUGAUUAAUUCAACUUAAAUACAAGACGUCAUUCCAAAGAACGUGUGCUAAAAACAAUCUCGAUCAUAGUGUUGUUUAAAUAUCUUGACUAUUAUAACACGUGAAAGAACAAAAAAAAAUAAACAUUGUCUCCUAUUCCUUAUGAUUUGAUUUGUUUUCGAUUGAUCGAAACGUGUCGUUAAAAAGAGGAGAGAGAGAGAGAGGAAGCCAAAGCGCAGCAGCAGCAGCAACAGCAACAGCAACAGCAACAGCAACAGCAGCAGCUGUCCCUUUCGUCUGACUCGGAGAGUACAGUGUACUCUCGUUGCAUCGGAGUGUGUUUUUCUAUGUCAAUGUUAUCCGCCCGUUGACGUGAUAUCGGUCAGUUACAUCGGCGCUGCCUGAAAAACUUCUCGGUGUCAACGGGGUCACGGAACGUUCUGUGUUGAUUACAGACACUCUGUGAAACGCCUUUCGGACAGGUCCGUUCUCUUUCUCUGUCGUUAUUAUGCAUUUUUUGUUCUGUUAAAUGAUAAAACGAACAAUCAAAAAUUCUUGAAAGAAAAGAAAAAGGAGGAAGAAGAAGAGAGAGAGACGAAAACGAUUAAUCAAUCCUUUCUACGAAAUCUCCAAAGACGAUCGAUUCAAAGUGAUAGCUAGUCAAAUAAUAAAUAAUUAAGAAUAAGAAUUAAAGUGACAUUUCCAAAGAGGAAAUUGAAACUUUUUCGAAAUAUUUCUUUCGAAAAGAAAGAUAUAUAUAUAUAUAUAUAUAUAUAUAUAUAACACGAGUGAUUUUCGUUGUGUUAUUCGCUGACGACGACGACGAUAGCGUUAAACAAACUUCGACGACCUUCCGCGCACGUAGAACUUCGCCGGUAUCUGCAAGGUGAACCGAUAACGUUUUUGUAAUAAUAAUAUAUAAAGCCAUUGAGAUUGGACUUAUUCGAAAAACGAGCAUCAACAGUUAGCUCGUUAUUGUUCUUUCGAAUCAAUCGUGGUUAAUUUUAUUCUCUUACAUUUUUCUUUUUUUUAAUUAAAUCACAUCGAUACGCGAAGUGUGGGGAAAAAAAAACAAGGAGAAAUUACGAAAACUCUCAUAAACUUUCGUUAUAGUGAAGAAAAAAAAGUGCUGUAGUAACGCAUAAAUUUGUGUGGAUAAGCUCGCUGGAAGAGCAACCAAAAACAAGUCAUUAAUCAUUAAAAAUUCAUUAAACUUAAUUAGAAAAAAAAAAGUAGUGAACUGUGGACAGUGCAUUUGAAAAAAAGGGAGAAAAAUAGUGCAUCGAACAAAAAAAAAAGAAAAGAAAAAAAGAUUAAGAAAAGUGAUCGAACGAGAAUAAACAUCGUGUGAUCGAAAGAGGGUAUGGUGGGACCGGCACAACCAGGGCCUUAGGCCCGGGUGGCCGACCUCUCAAAGAAGAAUCUUAUAUCUGACCCGUCAAUUUGCACCAUUAAGCUGCCUGGAAUGAUGCAGAAAUUCUUAAAGAGAACCGCCGAGGAGUUGGAGGCAAGCGGUGCUGGUGGCACCGAUGGAGGAUUUGGCGAACCACCGGUGAAAUUGCAAUGUACCCAAGCGCAGCAUCAACAUACAGGUCAACUUACGAAUAAUGGUGGUGGCGGAGGAGGAGGUGCAGGAGGUGGUGGACCUCAUCUUGGUCACGGUCAGCAUCAAGCUGGAAGUGGUACGAAUUCGACGGGUCCGAAUGGACCAGGUAGCGGUGCUACUGCUGGUGGAGGCAACGGUGGCAAUAAUGUCAGCGGUGGAAGCGGUGGUACAGCUACAAACGAAGGUCUGACUAAAUUCUCCGUCGAAAUUGUGCAACAAUUGGAGUUCACCACCUCUGUAGCCAAUUCUCAAGCACAACAAAUAUCGACGAAUGUGACGGUGAAGGCGUUGACGAAUGCUUCCGUUAAAAGUGAUUUAUUAAAUUCAUCUUCACCUAAACCAGAUCCGACCGGUGCUGGGGCUGGAAGUGGGAACGGUGCCGGAGGAAGUGGUGGAAACGGAAGAACGCAACCUGGAGCUGGUGGAGUUGGUGUACCUUCUGGGCCAGUUGGAGGAACCGCGACAGGUAGCUCCGAUGCAAUUGGUUGCGUAGACAUUUCUAAUCUCGUAGAAUGCAAACAAGAACCUGAUAACGGAUUUGUCGAUUUAGAGCAAUGUGCUGCUGCUUUGGAGAAGGACGCUGCGGUUAACGGAGCAGGAUUUCCAGGUUUUUCUGACUUUAUGGGUGAUGACACAGGCGAUGAGAUUAUUGCAUCAGACGCUUUUAAAGAUCUCCUUUCGGAAAUAUCAGAAUUUAAUUCCGAAUUAUUAAAGGACUUUGAUUUUGAGGACAAAUGCGUCGACACGAUUGGAUGUAAUACAGGUGUUCCUGUGAAUAAUGCUGUGAACAAUUCUAUUGCCACCGCAGUAGCCGCUGUAGCUAAUGGAAAUAAUCCCAAUAACAAUGGUAUGCCGCCAAACAAUGGCCAAAUUAAGAUUGAAGACGACAAGGAUGUGAUACAUCAUCAACAACAGCAACAACAGCAACAGCAACAACAACAACAACAGCAGCAACAACAGCAACAACAACAACAACAGCAACAACAGCAACAACAACAACAGCAACAGCAACAGCAACAUGGAAACGGCGCUAAUAAUAACGGCGUGAACAACGGUACAAACGCUAAUAACGGUAACGCAAUGCCUGCCAAUUCAAGUCCAAGUGCGCUCGCUUCGUCGCAAUAUUCUCCAGCUCGUCUACCUUAUGGAGGCUUGGAUUUCAAAUCUGAAAUGAGUCCGGCAGCUCAGACGUUGAAGCAAAUGGCCGAACAACAUCAACAUAAAAGUCAGCAGCUUGGACUGGGCGGUUUCAAUCCGACAGCAGCGGCGGCCGCAGCUGCGGCUGCUGCUAGAGGACCUGCGACUAGAUCACCGUACGCAGAAUUUCCUCAAUUUACUGGAGCAUCAGAUUAUUUGGGUAGUCCAGGAAGUACAGCACCUCCAGGUGGACAAAAUCAAACUCCGGGAACUGGUACAGGCUCGUAUCACAAGAACAAUGGCGCAACCGGGUUCCAAAGUCAACAAACGAACGACAUGUUCGUCAACUCCCAAACGCAAUUUGCCGGCGGCUUGCCAGACAUGAAGAGAUCGCAACCAAAUGCUGGUGGAAAACCGAGUAUGCUAGGGCCAAGCAGUGGAUACAAACAACAGUAUUCUCCCUACGGAAGUCCAGGCUCAAUGCCGAAUCACGGUAGUCCUGGAUACCCAUUACCUCCAAGAGGAUCACAGAGUGGUGGUCCCAAUCAAACCGGAUCUCAAGGACCAUUUAGUAAUUCAACGCCACCUAGACCUCCCUCAGGACCUGGCACUUCAUCAUUGCAAAUCAACCAAGCUCAACAAUUGCAUAUUAACAAUCCGGCACAUCAGAUCCAGGUAUCUGCGGGUCAACAUAUGCAACUCACUGGAGAUUUAAAAACUGGAGUAUCCGUGGCUGCUCAACAGGGCAUAUAUUUUAGUCAACAACAGGCACCCAAUCAAUCGGGACCCAGCCAAGCAGAUACUUACUGCUCAGUGUCGCAAUCACAGACCAUUAACUUCACUCAGCAAAGUAUAAGACAAAGAGCUGCUGCUGCUGCCGCUGCUGCUGCUGCGGCUGGUAGCGUUCCUCAAACCGGUGCUGCUACCAGUGCUCGCGGUCAUCCUCAGCAGGUCCCACAAAAUCAAGUGGACCAACAUCAGCAUGCCAAGAUCAUGCAGCAGCAGAUGAUGCGCGCCCAGCAGGUAACUCGGACGAACAUUUAUUCUAACCAGGCUAUGCAACAACAACAGCAUAUGACAGGAGGUAUAGGAGCCGUACGUCCACCUCCCCCAGAAUACAAAGCCGCAGCACAAGCACAAAUGAUGCACGCUGGCAUCGGAAUGAGUCAACAAGCUAGAUUUCCGAAUCCUGGACCUAUGCGCAGAGUUACGCAGCAACCGAUGCCACCUUCUGGUCCGAUGAUGAGGCCACAAAUGGCACAGCAACAACAACAGCAGGCAUUGCACGCAGCUGGGGGUAACAUGUAUAUGAGUAGCGGCAAUAUGGCUACUAUAAGCAGUAUGCAUCAGAUGCACCAGCGAUUGGGUUAUCCUAGGACCAAUAAUCAACGGCCGCCGAACGUCAGUGUCGGACCUCCAGACGGUCUUGGCAAUAAUAUUACUGGACGUAACAACCUACCAGAAUGGAGACACGUUUUGUUGAAUCAGCAACAAGGAUUUCAAGCUCAAAUGCGAUCACAAUUCAAUCAACAAAGUCAUCAAGGUGGUUUUGGAAUGGGUGGUACUGGUGGUAUGCAGAUAAACGCAGCACAGAUGCAACAUCAACAACAACUGAUACGUUCGCAAAGCAAUGCCAUUGCUAAUCAGGGAAUCGCCAAUAACGCCCAGAUGCAACAACUUCUUUCGCAACAACACCAGCAACAAACUUUGUCGAUGCAGCAGAAUAAUAAUCAAAUGUCCUUACAAAUGCAGAUGUCACAAUCGUCUAACGUUAAUCAAGUUUCCAACAGUGGUACUGGCUCCCCUCUUCAUCCGCACCAACAGUACGGGACGGGGAGUCAAGCAGUUCGCACACUUAGCCAACAGCAUGCUCAACCACCGCCAACAACCACGGAUCCUUCCGUGGCAGCGGCUGAUUUUAGUCUUGAGUUUUUGGAAAAUCUACCCGCAGGAGACACAUCAAACUUCAGCGCUCAAGAAUUGCUUAAUUCGCUCGACUCCACAGCAGCCUUCAACCUCGAUAUUCUAUAAAAGUAAACUCACCUUUAGGAGUCUUUGAUAUAUAAGCGCUACAAUCGAACACCCCUACUUUACUUCGAACUUAUAAUAACGCAUAUAACAUCAAAGGAUUUUCGGAUAGUGACGAAGUAAAAAGAACAUAAGUCGUAUUAAGUAUUUUACAAAGCAAGAUGCAGAGUUUCUUUUGAAACUACACAUGUGCAAUUGCAUUCCACUUGUUAUUCUUUGUUCCUAUCAUACCAUUUGAGCCUUGUUACUUUCUUUAGAAUCUCAUCGAUACGAUCAUUUUCUCAAAGGCUUUUUCCAACUUUCUCGAUCACUAUCUGAAAUUUAUUCAUAUAUUCGAUUCCUAUCAGAUUUUCCAUUUUCACAGCUUUCUUCAUCGAACGAUGUGUGUCUAAAUACACUGAUAAAUUUCUUCGUAGGGGUGUAUACGAUUUGAUCAUUAGAAAUACUUAUUUUUUAUGCAUAAGCAUAUUCAUAACGAAUGCACGAAACUGGGUAGUAGUACCUAUAGUAAAAUUUUGUUUCUCACGAUAAUCACGACGUCUCUCGAUAGGAGAGGAAGAAGAAGAUACGAAGUAUGAUUAACGUAAGAAUAAUGAAAAGAUAAAGAAAGAGAGAGAGAGACAUUGUAAUGAAAAUCGUAGAGUAUCGUUGAUCUUAAGUAUUUAAAAAGUAAAUUACGUCGCAAAUCGAUGACGAUUAGAUAACUUGGGUCGAUUGUGUCGUCCACUAUCGGCCGUAGUGCGUUUUCGGCAGCUCUUUCGGCUGUCAACUAUUCUUCUAGGCAAUCGCGUUUAGUAAAAUUUAAUUUUUUAUCAUAUCCGUUAAUAAGAAUAAUAAAAAACGAAAGGAACAAGAUUAGUAGCGUGGAACAUCAAGGGGCGGCCAAAUAAUCCGUCUAAGUAUCAUUCGUUUUCUGACUUUUCUCAUUUUUUAACGUAGUUUCUUUGUCAAUAAAUGUGCAAAAGCCCGAUAUUGCAAAUUUAAAAUCGGAUCUUAUUGCAAUUGGGACACGAAAGUUUGUAAAUACAUAGACUUAUUAUCACAUUUAGAUAAUUCAAAUAAUUUUUUAUUUCAAUUCAUUAACAAAUGUUUCAAUCGAAAUCGGCAGCUCAAUUUCAAACAUUAUUUUUUCGUUUUGUUCUGUAUUUAAAUGUUUUAAUUUGUGACUUUGCAUUAUAAUUAAGCAUUAAAAUUUAUCUCCAAAGAAUCCCGAAGAACUUUAAAAAUUCCCGUACCCAACGCGAACCCGUAAUUAGGAUUAAUCCGCAAACGCUUAUUUUGCAGCUUAAUAAAAGAAAGAAAGAAAAAAUAAAAAGAUAGAAUACGAGACAAAUUAUUAUAUAAAAUAUGAAAAAUGCAUUUUUAAAAAUUAAUCCGUCAGAUUGAACUCGCGCAUGUAUUUCUGAAAAUAAUUUAUUUAAUCCAAACAAGUUUGACGUCGUUUUAAGUCUGAGGACGAUGAAUAAAGUGUUGAGUGCUCACGUCGACGACGCUAAUCCGACUUCGACGAGCAUUCCACGAAGGAUAAAAUUGCUGCCCUUGAUCUUCCACGUGAACGUAUGCUGAGUGAGUGAUUAAUAAAAAAAAAAAAUAAAAAUAAAAAUAAAAAUAAAAAUAAAAAACAGACGAAAAUCAUGUUAGGCAAAAAGAAAAUUGGAUUGAAUGAUCAAAGUUACUUAACCGAACCUAGUCCAUCGCGGUAUCCGUUAUUUUCUCAACAAAAUCAUGCAAAAAAAAAAAAAACAAACAAAAA